AUGUCCUCCUGUAGAGCCUCCAGAAGCUCCAAAGUUAUUAGCUGGGGCACUGUAGCUUGCACUUACUCCACCAGCAGGAGCACCAGCACCGUUGCCGAAGGAUCCACCUUGGAUCUUCCUCCGAAGCUGCCACUUAAGGCUCCACCAAAGGAUCCGGAACCGCGGCCAAAACUGAGGCACCAGAACCUCCAAAGCUAUUCGAGGGUGCGCUUUGGAGUGAGUGCCACCUACAACGCACCCUCUAAUAGCUUCGGAGGUUCUGGUGCCUCUGGUUUUGGCCGCGGUUCUGGAUCCUUUGGUGGCAGCUUCGGAGAAGGAUUCGCUGGUGGAGUUUCAGGUGGAAGAAUUGUAGGUGGAUCACUUGGAGGAGCCGCCUACAACGCAACUAACAAUAACUUUGAAAGUUCUGGAGACUUGGCCAGCGGUGCAGGAUCUUUCGACGGUGCAGGAGUGGGAAGCGGAUCUUUCGGUGGAGCAGGAGUGACAGGGGGAUCUUUUGGCAGGGGUGCUGGUGCUCCUCCUGGUGAAGUUAUUGCAAGCUACAGUACCCCAGCUAAUAACUCUAGAGCUUCUGGAGGCUCUGCAGGAGGACAUGGUCUCGGAGGCUCCUCUUCAGGCUUUGGAGGAACAUCUGGAGGCUACUUCCUGGUGGAAGUUCCUGCGGAAGCGAACUGGGAAGACACAUUAGCUCGUAAGAGCUUUUUUGCAAACAUAAUGACAAAGAACCUCGUAAUAUACAACUGUGUCUACCGAAGGCGCUCCUACCUAGCCUAG